GGGACCAGAGGGGGGAGCUGCUAGUUACACCCAUCCUACUUCUGGCUAUGAAUCACACGUGCAUACAGACACAGAAGAAGUGUGCUCAUUCGUGCACCACACUCACCACUGUGCUGCCGGCUAUACUGGGAUAGCAGAGGCAAUGGAAAUGGAAAUGGAUUGUGUACACACCCUGCUGCAAAGGCCGGCAGAGGAUGUACAGAGGAAGACACCAGUUGCUCUGCAGACCAUCGAAGGGACUGAAGGGACUGCAACUCCAUAUUGUUGGGCUCUAUUGCUUCUUUUGGUGCUGUGCUGUGUUUCUCUGGCUGCCGUUAUUGCUCUAAGCAUCUUCUACUUUCAGAAUUCUAGGUAUUCUGGUGAAAUCAAAUCAGACUUUAGAAGUGCGUUCCAGAAGGCAGAUGCCCAGCCCACAAUCAACCUAAUGAAAACCAAAGAAGUGCUUCAGAUGGCCAUUAAAAGGGAAGAACAGAGGUGCAAGGACAUUCUUAACAGAGCACAAAGGAAGUGCAAAAGUUCCUUCGUCAUACAAGAGAGCAACAAUAGUGCCAUUGCUGGCCCAGAAUUCAUAACAAAUCUCAGCAUAGCCAGUAUGGAAUUGAAGAGAAGCCUAAUCAAAGCAGAAGAAGAGUGCAUUGGUGCAAUGAACAGGUCUACUCAGGAGUGUUUAAAGAGCAUCAGCCAGCUACAUCUGGAAUUGGAUAGUUUCCACCAUGUAUCAGAUGAGGAAUAUAUGAUGAGCCUUACUGGUUCCGAAAGGUCAUGCCAGAAUAUACUCAGGACAGCAAAUCAGAAGUGUAAACUGUCCCUCAGCAAAAUGCAUCAGGAUUGCUUGAGAAAUCUCAGCAGAGCUGAUGGGAUGUUUGAAAGUGUCCUUGCUACAGAGAAAAAAGAGUGUAUCAGAAAUCUAACUAUAGCUGACGUGCGAUGCAGGAGUUCCCUUAAUGAGGUUCAUUGGCAAUGUAAGACCAACGUUAGCAUUGUGAACCAACAGCACAAGUUUAACCUUAGUAAUCAGGAAACGUGGUUUAAAAGAAUCAUUGAUAAAAAGGAGGAAGCGUAUUCAGCUUCCCUCCUUCAAGCAAAACAGGAGUGUCAAGUAAAUCUUAACAAAUCUCAUCUAGAGUGUCAGACUUCCAUCAGUGAGGAACAGCUGCAGUGUAAAAGUCACCUCAGUAAGACGGAGCAGGUCUACAGCAUGUCUGUCCAGGAAGCCAAACAGGACUGUGAGAGAAACUUUUCUCAAGCCCAGCAGAAGAGUAAGGCCACACUUAGCAAAAUGGUUCUAGACUGUAGAAACAAGCUCAGCAAAGCGAAUCAAAAUUGGGAGAGGGCACUCACUGCAGCACGUCAAGACUGUAAAAGCAAUCUUACUGCUGCAGACGAGGUGCAUCUAACAACUCUGCAGGAAGUCAAACAAGAAUGUUCACAACACCUUAGCAAAGCACACCUGAAGUGUAAGACAGUAGUCGAUGAAAUCAAACAAGAGUGUAAGUCUAACCUCAGCAAAACAGAGCAUGACUACACGAAAUUGCUCCAGGACACCAAACAGGAGUGUGAAAGCAGCCACACUCUUGCCCGCAUGGAGUGUAAGGCUACCCUCGGCACUGCAGACUUAGACUUUAGAACCAACAUUAGCAGGAUCAACCAAGACUGGGAGAGAGCCCUUGGUGCAGCACAUGGUGAAUGUGUAAGGAACCUCAGUGCUGCUGAGCAGACAUAUGGAGCAUCUCUUCAGCAGGUCACACAGGAGUAUAUGCUGAACCUCAGUAGAGUGGAUCUAGCGUGUAAGGCUUCCUUGAGGUUAAUGAGCCAAGUGUGUGAGGCAAACCUCACCCACUCCAAUAGGAACUGUGAGAGUCUACUGAGGCUGUCACACACUGAGUGCAAGGCUUCCCUCAAGGAAAUGGAUGAGCAGUGUCAGAGGAACCUCACACAAGCGAGUCAACACUAUUACACUACCCUUGUUGAAGCACAAUUAGAGUGUAAGAGAAACCUCAGCAUAGCAGAUGAACAGUGCAAGACCAAGCUUAGUAUGACAGACCAGACAUGUAGAAAAUACCUCAAUGAAAAGGAGCAGAUGUAUUCAAUUUCUCUCCUACAGACAAGCCAGGAGUGUAAAGAAAACCUUACCAAAGCAGAUUUAGAGUGUCAGGCUUUACUCAAAGAUGAACAGUUGGAAUGUAAAAGUAACUUUAGUAGGACAGAGUUAUUGUACAAAAACUUGGUUGAGGAAUCCAAACAGGACUGUGAAAAAACCCUCUCUCAAUUCCAUCAGGGAGUCAAGGGUACCCUCAGUACUUUAGACAUGGACUGUAGGACCAACAUCAGUAGAAUGAACCACGAGUGGGAGAGGACCCUCAAUGCAACACAAUGGGAAUGUAAGGUCAAUCUCACUAGGCUAGACCAUGAAUGGCAAACUGUCCUUGACGAAGCUGGGCAACAAUGUGCGAGUGCUCAAGGUGCAGCAGACCUCAGCUGCAAGAGAGCCCUGCAUGAGGCACAACAGACUUUUCACAGUGACCUCAGCAGAGUGGAGGAGAAUCUGAAGAGUCAAAUUGUUCAGUCUGAGCAAGAGUGCCAAAUUAACCUCACAAAAGCCAAGAGAGAGUGUGCAAGUACUCUACGUGCAGCUGAACAACAGUACCUCCAAAACCUCACUAGAACACAGGAAGAAAGUAGGAAAUGUCAGACGUUCCUCAGUGAAACAGUUCACGAGUGUGCAACAAACCUGAUGACAUCAAAGCAGGUAUGUAAAAGAACUCUCAGCAGAAUGAAGGAAGAAAUUCAGAAGAACCUCAUGGAAGCCAAACUAGAAUGUACAAGAAAUCUCACUUCUUCAAACCAGGAGCUUCAGAGCAUUCUAACUAAAGCCAACCAAGAAUGUCAGAAAAACCUCAGCCAGAUUGAAAGGGAUUUUCGCCUUCGAGUUUGUGGACAUGUCAGAGACGAGCCCUGUGGAAUCUGCCCAGUAGGAUGGAUGAGGGGCCAGCAUGGGAAAUGUUACUUUAUAUCCAUGAAAUAUGGCACCUGGGUAGAAGCCAGUCAACAAUGCUAUCAGUUUGGAUCCCGUCUCCUAGUUCUGAACAAUUAUCAGGAGCUGAUCUUUUUUCGACAUUACACAGAAAUGGAUGUGGGUCAUUGGAUAGGACUUCAGAAGGAUCAGGGUACCUGGAAGUGGCCUGACAACAAACCUUUGAACUCCAACAUGUUUGUGGUUAAUCAGUAUGAGAAAGGUAACUGUGCUGCCCAGCACUGGGACAACACACAGAACAUAAUAAGUUCAGCUUCUUGCAGCAACACCUAUCGCUGGAUUUGUGAGAAAGAGUCUCUUUGACUAUAGGAAUACCCACAGAUUUGUGGAGCAAAGGCUCUUAAAAGGGUUUUAAAAACAACACAGAAAGAAGCAUAGCAGUGAUGUCAAGUAGCCAAAUCUAACACAGUUGUCUUCUCACCCUGAUCCCACAGUCACAUGACCAUUUCUGUCCUUCCAUUCAGAGGCACAGUUCACAAGCAGCACAACCUGGAUUUGAAAAGGGACUCUUUCUUCUUUCAAACUAGGCUUCAUUGUAUAGGAAUGCAUUAAGUCUAGGAACCUGAAAAAGAGUAUCACAAGCCUUGUUUGUGGGUCUCGAUAACUGCAUUUUUAAUUAUUAGUAACUAUACAUUUGUAUCAAACAUCAUUCACAUUGCUUUACACACAAGGAAUUGUUUCAAACUUUAUCCUUACUUGCCAAACAACACCAACCUGUCACGCCCGACAUCCCUCCCUAGAGGGCGCUCCACUGCUCCCAUUAUUGUUCGUUUGAU